AUGAAUGGCAUCAUUUUGACUGGUUCAUUGUUCUUAAGUUUAUGCAAUAUGGCAAUGAUGCAAAUUGUUGUAGAAAAAGUUCCAUUGAUAAAUCAUAAACAAAAUGAAACUUCACUUGAAUUUGGUGGAAUAAUCUUCUCCUUGCUCCAGAACUCGACCGUAAAAAUACAAUAUGGAACGUGUUCAACUAUAAUGGACCUCUCACCAGUAACUCCUACAGAAAACGCAACACGAACUGGUACUCGUUCCAUAAACGAAGCUGUCGCUUUUUUACAUCAUAUAUCUUUUUGUUUAGGUACAAUGAAAUUUACGUUCAGUGAAGUGAACGUAUCAUUCACAUUAGAUCGAACAUUAACACUCCAAUGUAAACAGCGUACAACAGUACUAAAACUAACACCACCAACUAAAGAAGAGAAACGGGCGCACGGUGGAAAUCGUCCAUGUUCAUUGUAA